AUGGCGACCUUCGGAUUGCUAUCAGUAUUGCAGGUCCUUUUCUUGACUGCCUUUAUCCAGAUAACCAGUGCCGCUUCACCAAAAGCCCAUACCUUGAACGGAACGUAUACCGGCAAGCAUCUUUCCGGUUGGGACCAAGAUGCAUUUCUUGGAAUCCCAUAUGCUCAGCCACCAACGGGAAACCUGAGGUUCAAAUGGCCACAGAGUUUAAACACUUCCUUUGACGAAGAACGCACUGCAACUGAGUAUGGUGACAGUUGCAUGCAAUACACACAGAACUGGACCAUGUCUGAAAAUUGUCUUUCUAUCAAUGUCAUUAGACCAGCGGGGAAGCCCAAGAAGCUACUCCCAGUUCUAGUUUGGGUUUAUGGAGGCGGACUAUACGCUGGCAGUUCAGCGGAUCCUCAGUACAACCUAUCAGGCAUCGUCAAAGUUAGCCAAGACAUAAAAGAACCAGUUCUGGCCGUCAGUUUCAACUACAGACUUGGAAUGUGGGGAUUUCUUCAGAAUUUCAGUCUUCUUAAAGAAGGGAAUGCCAAUGCUGGCCUCUUGGAUCAAAGACUUGCUCUUCGUUGGAUCCAAGAGAACAUUGAAGCCUUUGGCGGAGAUCCAGAGCGAGUUGUUUUGUGGGGUGAGAGUGCAGGAGCGCAGUCUAUUGCUUAUCAAAUGUUCAGCUUUGAUGGACAGGAUGAGAACCUAUAUCGCGGUGCUAUUCUCGAAAGUGGCGGGAUAACAGGUGCACAGAUCCAUGAUCUUAGCUACUACAACGUGGCUUUUGAAAAUCUCACACGAACAGUUGGUUGCUGGGACAAGAAAGAUCAACUGUCAUGUCUUCGUGGGCUUGACGAAAAGGCAUUAUAUGCAGCACGCCCUUCCUUGACUUGGAAUCCUUUGAUCGAUGGCACGUUUCUCAAGGGAUAUCCAAGCCAACUCAUUCGGGAAAAGAAGUUCGUCUCUGUACCAAGUAUCAUUGGAGCCAACACUGACGAAGGCUUUUGUGUGGGAGCGGCCAAUACGACAGAGGAUCUCUUCUACGAAGCUUUUCGAUGGCGAAACUAUGCCUUGAGUGCUCCGACGAUUCGAAAGUUGCUUGAGCUUUACCCCGACGAUCCUUGCCAUCAACCACCAUACCAUAUCACGAAUUGCUCACGGCCCGUAGGCAAUUAUCAAGGCCGAAGAUCAUGUGCAAUUGGCGGUGAUAUCGCCAUGAUAUCUGGACGCCGCAAAUUGGCCGAGCUAUUCACAGAGUCAGGCGAGGCUGUAUACAGCUACCGUUUUGAUCAAAGAUGGUACCAGAGGUCUGAAUGGGAGGGCGUGAAACAUUUCGACAAUGUCGCUUUCAGCUUCCAGAACAUCUCAGGCCUCCUUGGCCCAAGCCCUCAAUAUGAUAGUCAUGCCGAGCUCGCCCACAAUAUUGGACAAGCGUAUGUGCGAUUUGUCAACAGCCUCGAUCCUAAUCCACAAGGAUCAAGCAAAGAAAAGGUGCCAAAGUGGCCAAAGUAUAGCAUGUCAAAGCCUAAGAAUAUGGUUUUCAAUGCUACCAAAAGUCGGGUAGAGGAUGAUACUUGGAGAAAGGAGCAAAUUGAGUUUAUCAAUAGUUAUGCGGUAGCAAGGGAGUUGUAUGGAUAA